GGAGAUUUGAAUUAUUUGUUCGGUGUUGAGUGGAAGUUUAAAUCGGGACAGAAACAAUCUAAGAGGAAUUUACGAUCUGAACUGGAUCAAUGGCUGCGCACAAGGAGAUGAACCGUGGAGCUCAUAGCGAUCUGUGCUUUUUGCAAGAUGAAAAGUUUGACUUCGACGUGUCCCUGUCGCCUGUCAGCUCCAAAGGAGUAGAUGAUGAUGAUGAUGAUGAGGUGUUUGUGGGCCACACAGAGCAGUGUGUUUCCACUGACGUAUCCUUCCAGGCUGAGGAAGGUGGCAGAGGCGUGCAGGCGGUCUGGACCCCACUGACUGCUGAUCAACUGGAAGCUGUGUGCGAGGAAGCCCACAGACUCGUCAGCCAGCUGCAGUGCAGAAAACCACACGUCCAGAACACCAACACAACCCACGCAACCUCUGAUGCUGACAUGAACAGCAUGGUGGCAACGGAGAAAUUCACCCAGAACACUGAAGUCAAACUAGGAUUACUGGGUCACACUGCCAGCAGCCUCAGCCCCAUCAAACGUCAGACGUUCUGCGUACAGGACAGUCCCCUGCGGCAGCUGCCACCGGCCAUCCAGCACCACCUGCUGAGAGGGAGCAGCUCCAGCAGGGCUUCGUCCAGCCGCCCUGCUGCCAGACGUGUCACUUCCAGCCCCAUGGUCGGAGCCAGAUCUCAGGCGAGACCAGCGCUGCGAGGAAAGACGGCGCUGGGGGCCACCACAGCGCUGCCAAGUAAACCAGUGGCCCCAGCAGGUUCCCGUUCAGCCAUGAGCAGCGGAGCAGAGAAAACCAGACUCCAUCCACCCAGCGGAAGUGCAGGAGUUUUGAAGCGGAGCCCAGGCUGUCGUCUCAGAAACCAGGCAGAGUCAUCAGAAGAUCUGCUGUCUGACUCAGUGGGCAUGGCGUCUGAUACCAGCAACUGCUCCUUCAACUCCAGUCUGCUGGGGAAGCACUCACUGGUCCCACCCUCUAAGGAUGCUGGACUGAGAAAGCUCUCAGGUAUUAAAGCUCCACCUGUUCAGGGCUGGAAGGUCACAGAAAAGAGGAAAACCUCUUCAUCCUUAUCCUCACUGUCCAGCUUUAACUCGAGCGUAUCCCAGUCCCCGGCUACAGGCAAACUGAACUCCUCCUUUAACCGAAGGGUGAGCAGCUCCAGUGGCCCCGUCCCCAGCAGUGUCCGCAGAGAGCCGGGUCUCAGCAGACCUCGUCGGUCCACUCUCUCUGCCUCGGCAGAGCCACUUUCUUCCAGAACCGGCUCUCGCUCCCAGCCCUCUCAGGCCAAAAAGCCUCCUGACACGGAGCGAGCUAACGCUGCCGGGUCCACACCGUUAAAGAGAGCAGAGUCCACACCAGUCCAACCAACCCCCACGAAGAAAACUGGCUCAGUCGGGCUGCGGAGUGGAGCGAAGACCAGAUCCAAAUCCAGAGGAUUGGUUUAUCUGACCCCCAAGAUGGCCGACGAUGCAGAAGGUGUAUCCACGGUGAUGAAGCCAAAAAGACUGACAAACAGCAGCACAGAGAGUCAUCCUCAGAAGCUGUCAGCUGACUCUCUGAUGCCCUAUGAUGGCAGCAGUAAGCUCCAGCAGUUGGCUGCACAGAACCCUUCCACCCUACCCACCUUGUUUAAGCGCAGGACCUUCGCCUUCCAGCCCCCCUCCAAUCAGAACAGGACUUUCAGGCCGCCAUUUAGGUCAGAGUCCAGCAUCCCUCGCACUCUGAGUUCAGCAGAGAAACAACAGAGGUAUAGCCCGGUUCCAAAAGGCAAACAGGAGGAGGAGCCUGUUCAUUGCCCUGACAUCCAGGCCUUCUGCCUGGAGGAGGAGGAGGAGGAACCUCCCGUCACCCUGCCUGAGACCGUCAGUCCUGAGACCAAACAAACACAAAACACGGAUCUUGGAAUGAGCAAAACGGUUUCCUAUCCUGUGGAACUGGAGGAGACGGAGGAGAGCGCAGCCACGACGCAAGAGGUUCUCCUGCUGGAUCUGCCUCCUCCGAGCCUUCAGCCCCAAGAGAAGCUCCUCAUCGAUCUGGCCAACACCCCCGACCUGAUCCGCACCAGCAGCAAGAGCUGCACCACUACCCAGCUAAUUGAUCUGAGCUCUCCUCUUAUCAAGUGGAGUCCAGAGGAUAAAAAAGAGAACAGCGCUCUGCUCAUCAACCUGUCCUUCUGAUGCUCCAAACAGCUCCCGUAAUAAGUUCAAUCAACUGAGGGCCAGGGCUCCGUCAAAUCAAUGUCAGUGAUGUCUUCAGAAAGCCACAGGAUUAUGUUUGAAAUGAUCAAAAUAUUUGUGAGAAUGCUGUUAUUAAUUUCAUCUGAUUGUACUGUUAUAUGUCUCCUCUUUGCUGCUUUUAUUUUCUGAAUAAAUGUUGGUCAGUACU